UGAAUUAGAAAACUACAUUUCCCGGCACGUCUAGGUUCAUGUCAAAGAGUUUUGUUUUUAGCAUUCUUCCCUCCUGGGCAGCAUUUCAAGAGUGAACUUUCUGCUAUGCCAGUGCAUCGCGACCGGGAGAAGAAGGAGGGCACAGCAGAGGAGAUGGAGGUUGAGGAUCAGGAGCAAGAAGGAUCCAGUUCAGAGGAGGAGGAUUCUGAAACUUCCUCUGUCUCUGAAGAUGGAGACAGCUCUGAAAUGGAUGAGGAGGAUUGUGAGCGAAGAAGGAUGGAGUGUUUGGAUGAAAUGUCAAAUCUGGAGAAACAGUUCACUGAUCUCAAAGACCAGCUGUAUCGGGAACGUCUCACUCAGGUCAACAGCAAGCUGGCUGAGGUGGAGGCCGGACGUGCAGCAGAAUAUUUGGAUCCUCUGGCUGUGCUGCUGGAGAACAUGCAGGUUCGCACCAAGGUGGCAGGAAUCUACAAGGAGUUGUGCUUGGAGUCUGUAAAGAAUAAGUACAAGUGUGAGAUCCAGGCAGCAUGCCAGCACUGGGAGAGUGAGAAGCUGCUUCUGUUUGACACGGGUCAAAGUGAACUGGAGGAGAAAAUAAGAAGAUUGGAGGAAGACAGACACAGCAUCGAUAUCACAUCAGAGCUGUGGAAUGACGAGCUAGCAGGACGGAAGAAGCGAAGAAAUGCUUUGAGUCUGGAUAAAAAGAGGAGAAGACCUUCAGUCGUGUCUGGGCCUUAUAUUGUCUACAUGCUUCCUGACUUGGACAUCUUAGAGGACUGGACAGCUAUCAGGAAGGCUGUUGCCACCCUUGGUCCCCACAGAGGAAAGGUGGAGUCGGACAGCUCGGCUUUUCCGUUCAGACCAGACAGAAGCCGACCCAUUCUCAACUGCUGAGAAAGAGCAACACGCCCUUAUGGACACACAAACAAAACAUGAUGUGAGAACACACAGCUCACCUUUUGACUGCGACGCCAGCCGCUGCGGUGCAUCCUACGGCCAAGGGAAAUACACUAGACACCCUUUAAACCACAAACAAUAUUCAGCAUUGGCUGCCAUGACAGCCUGAGAACUGGUUAGGGCUAAAAUCAAAUUACGGACUAAAUUUGAAUGUUUUAAGUGGAUUUUUGGUUUGUUCCACUUCAUCAUAGACAUUGACAGAACAGACCCAACAAGAAAAUGUGUGCUUCCGUUGCAAAAUGGCAACACAACCAACGUUAAAAUGCUUCCAGCCACCUGUUUUUUUUUGGGUUUUUUUUUUUUUUUUUUAGACGACCAUGCUGGUCGAAUGCCAAAUUCGAAGACAUAAUUGUCUCUUGCCUGGACCUGAAAGCGUUGAUGUGGCAUUUUUGUUCCUUGGGUCACACCUCCUCCUACUUGGUAACCUUUACAAAUGUCAAAUAGGUUGAUAGUGUCACACUGUAAAUGCUGGCAUCAUAAAUACGGACGUUCAGUGUUUCGGAAAGGGUGCAAAAGGGCCUCAAGUGAAAACGAUUUGCUCACGUGAGUCCUUAUUACCGGAAUUUCAGGUGAACUCAGUGGUUUGACAGCUUUCUUUUUUUCUAGAUUUCCAUUUUUACAGAGUGUAUUUAUGUACAGAAACAUGGUGUCAAAUUGAAUAUUUUGAUUUUGUCUGAAACGGCCUCUUUGUGAACUUUUUUUUUCCUUCUCAUCAGGGCCUUACAAGUAUCAUGCAGGGAAAUUGGCUGUUUGUGAAGAUUUUGCAAUUUGCCAUACGAACACAUUUAUUUAAUUGGACUCCACAUCUCUUUUUUUUUCGUUCAUUUGUACAGAUUGGUGGUCAUUGCAAUUCUUGCCUGUGCCACGUCAAGUUCGAAAACAGUCCUUGUGAUUUUUGCAUCAUUGUGUGAUUGUUGUCAAGGUUAUAUUGAACCACACUUCGCUUCUAUAUUUAGUUGUGAAGUGAACGUUGAGACAAAACGUUUCAGGACAUUUCUAAGCUUCUAUUUGACAACACUUUAAUGGAAAGAAAAUGCAUAAUUUCAAUGGAUCUUACAAAUUACUUUAUGGGAAACCCUCCAAUAUAUUUUUAUAUAAUAGCCCCUUGGGGGGGGGGGGGGAGCAAAAUCGAUUUGGUCUGAAGUUGGGGCAUUUUCAAAAAUGAAUAUUUUGAAACGCCAUGUGAUUGCAUGUUGUACUUAUCUACCUCUGCUCUAUUGUCUCAUAUUAAUUCCCUAAACUAUAAACAUGCCUCCAUUUUAAGCAGUUGCUGCUGAUCCAUAAAUGUAAGCAUUUGUCCAGUUUUCAAUAAAAGCCUGUGGUGAAGACGCCUCAUCACAUCGCAUGUUGAAGAUAUUAACAAAAACUGUUAAUGGGGAAGGUUACCGAAUAGUGACAAACAUGAACAAACUGCCAAUUACCGGUAAUGAUAUAUUUUAUAAUGUUUUGUAUUUUUAUUAAUCACGAUGAUGUUGGUGACAUCGGGAUUUGUUUUUCCACACAGUUAAUGUGCAAACAAAAGUGUUCCUUUGGAUGGAAUAUUUUCCUAAUAAAGUGACUUUUCUAGAGUU